GCUGAGGUGUGCUGCGUCUAUAAAUAAGUCCAUUUCCUUCUCCUCCCUGGUGUUGCCUCAUCCACACCCUGGGUGACAAGCUGUGACUCGGCCCUAAACUUCCUGGUCAGCUGCUUGCCGUCCUGCACGCUGUCCAGCCAGCUCCUCUGACCCAUGGAUCCACCCGGCUGGGCCCAGAUAAAAUGUUUCUGGCACCACUGUCUCCCCGGGCCGUUGCUGCAGCUGCUUUUGGCUCCGUGCUUCUUCUCCUACCUGCGUGUGUCCCGAGACAAGCCCACGGGGGUCCCCAAAUUGGGGGCCCCCUCCCAGGCCACUGCGGGGCCCUCCACCCACCCGCCUCUGCGUCUCCUGCUGUGGACGUGGCCAUUCAACACCCCGGUGGCUCUGUCCCGCUGCUUGGAGAUAUGGCCCGGCACAGCCGACUGCCACCUGACCAUCAACCGCAGAGAGUACCCUCGGGCGGAUGCGGUCCUUGUGCAUCACCGAUAGGUCAGCUCCAGGCCCAAGGCACAGCUCACGCCUUCCCUGCGGCCCCCCAGCCAGCGCUGGGUCUGGUUCAGCAUGGAGUUGCCCAGCAACUGCCCCAAACUGAAGGCCCUGGACGGAUACUUCAUCCUAGUGUCCUACCGCCAUGACUCAGAUAUCUUCAUGCCGUACGGCUAGCUCGAGCCAUGGCCUGGCCAGCCUGUGGACACAAUGAUGAACGUCUCGGCCAAGACCAAGCUGGUGGCCUGGGUGGUGUCCAACUGGAGGGCGGACUCGGUCAGGGUGCAGUACUAUCAGAAGCUGCAGCCUCACCUCCAAAUGGAUGUGUAUGGACGCUCCCACGUGCCGCUGCCCCAGGAGGUCAUGACCGAGAGGCUGUCCCAGUACAAGUUUUACCUGGCUUUCGAGAACUCCUUGCACCCUGACUAUAUCACGGAGAAGCUGUGGAAGAACGCCCUGCAGGCCUGGGCCGUGCCAGUGGUGCUGGGCCCCAGCAGGAGGAACUAUGAACAGUUCCUGCCACCCGAAGCCUUUACCCACGUCGAAGACUUUCAGAGCCCCAAGGACUUGGCCCAGUAUCUGCUGGCGCUGGUCAAGGACCACACCCGCUACCCGAGCUGCUUCCGCUGGCGGGAGACGCUGCGGCCCAGAUCCUUCAGCUGGGGCUUGAUGUUCUGUAAGGCCUGCUGGCGGCUGCAGCAGGAUCCCGACUACCAGACGGUGCCCAGUAUCACGUCUUGGUUCACGUGAGCCAGCCAGCCUGGGGCCUGGGCUGCUGGGCAUCUGGGGACCGUGGUGGCUAGAGCUCUCCCUUACCUGGGGCUUCCCCUACUGGGCACCUCUGCUGCCAGGAAUGUUGCUUCCGUGGGACCUCGCUUGCUAGGAGCUUCACCUGCUGGGGGUGGGGGGGGUCACCUACCCGGGGCUGUGGCUGCUGGGCACCCACCAAGACACUCACCCCCUGGGGAACUGGCCUUGGUGUCCCGCCCACUGGUGAUGGCUCUGGUGGAUUGGCUUGUGAGUACUGCUGCUUUGUCAAUGAACCGCCUUGGGGGUAUGCAGGUUGAGUAAUACUGACACCAUUUUCCAGAUGGGAAUGCUCUGAGGAA